AUGCUGUUGCAAUCGGUCCUCUCAGCUCUGUGCUUCUGUCUCGGCAUCACGUCCGCCAAAUCAUACCCAACGGUUUACAUGAUCCGACACGGCGAGAAGCCCAGGGAUCCAAAAGACCAUGGUUUGGCCUCAGACGGGAUCAAGCGGGCACAGUGCCUGAGACAUGUUUUCGGGCAAGAAUCGGAGUACAACAUAGGGUAUAUCAUGGCACCUCAUGUGAAAAAGAAUGGCGCACAUGGCCGCGCGUUUGAAACCGUUCUACCUCUUGCUAAAGAUCUCGGUCUCACAGUUGACACACACUGCAAGCGGACCAAAGCGAGAUGCGUGGCUAAAACGAUCAGGUCGUAUGACGGACCGGGCAACAUUUUGAUUGCAUGGCGGCACUCGACUAUGGGUGAGAUUGAGAAGGAGCUUGGAGCCUUGGAGCCUAUUGAAUACCCGGAUGGGAGAGAUUCGCAUUGGGAUAAAUAUGCCUGGGAGGCGAUUCUCCCGUGGAAGCUUCAUCAGCUCGCGACUCUCUUCGACGGAAGCUCGUUUGUUUGCCUUGUAUUAUGUCCUGGCACUGACAGUUUCAGGUUCGAUCUUAUAUGGACAGAUCCUUGGCCGUAUGGGAAUGUGACGAGUAUCGAAAGCGAGGAAUGCCCUGGACUAGAUAUUGCGACUGGCCUCGUGGAUCAGGUUUGA